UUUAUACGUCCGGCAUCUUUAUAUAGGAGACAAAUAAACCUUAUUUACAUCAGGCAAUUCAAAUUUCUUUCUCGCCAAUUGUUGAUUUGUUUGUUGUCCAAAAAGGGGACGAAAAUGUAAUUCCCUCAUUUUAAAACAACAACGCUCUUACCAACGAACUGGCAAUUACGGUAAUUAUAAAAAGAAGGUAGGAUUCUCUCUCACUCUCUCUCCAACAACAAUCUCAUAAUUGGCGCCAUUAUAAGCUUCAGGCCUGCAAUUGCAGGCUUUUUCUUUGUUGAAAUGAUUGCUACUGGUUAUCAAAUAAUGGUGCAGACAAAAGCCGAGAAACGACCAUCAGUUGAAAACUUAUGGCCUUGUGUAUUUCCACCCGAUGCCCCCAAACACGGUACUUUGACGGAAAUAUCUGGAGUCAAAGAAGAGGAGCUAUUGUUGAAAAUCAUUGCACGAACUGUUUUGCCUGAGAAAUAUGGCGGCAAAUCCAGUCAAGUCGUUCUCCUUGACUUGAACCACAAAAUUGAUGAAAUUGAAAAACAUCUAUUGGAUGUGAUGUCGUUGAGUGAGAACUUUUCCCAAGAGGAUCCAAAUCGAACCGAUGAUAUUAUAAGAACGUGUUUGGACUCCAUCAUUUUUAUUGCCUGUUACUCGUCAGAACAAUUUGAUUUGGCCCUCGAAGAACUUGAGGAAUUGUUGUGGAACAACGAGAACAUAACCCUGUUGUCUAUCUUUGGAUUGGAUGCUUUCUAUUGGGAUGAUUGUUAUGAUCGUCUACAGCGUAUGAUUAUCCACUAUCGAAAUUUGUGUCAGCGUUUGCAGAAGAUCUGUAAACAACAUAAAAUAUGUUGUAUUUUUACGAUGGAAACGAACUAUUUGCAAACCAAAUUAAACGGCAAGGUCAAGAUUCACGCACAUACCAUUUCACCCGACUGUUGGUGCUGCUGCAGCAGACAUUUCUGGUGUUCCAUUUGAAAACAACUUUCCGAAGUCUUCUAUGGCAGCAGACGUCCAAAGUUCAAUUUUCGUAUAAUGUUUGUAAACAAAUAGUUUAGGAAAUAUACCUCGACCCACAUUGAUACAAGCAUAACUACACAGAUAUAUACAUACAAACAUUUAUACCUAUGUGUCUGUUUGUAUGUAUCUGUAUAUCGAUAGUAAGUGCCUAUAAACCUGGGGAGUUGUUAAAGGUCAAGUUGCUGGCUAGGGGGGUGCGCGUGUGUGCUUUGUUAGUGUUUGUCCAAAAUAUAAUAAUUCAUAAAUAAGAGAUUAUUUUUGUUUAUUAAUUCACUUUGACAGUAUCUCGUCUAGACAUACAGAAUGUUGUUAGAUGUGUUUUUUUUUUUUUUUUUUGGAAUUGGGUU